UCCUCAAAUAGUCACGAAGUCGCUCUCUUCCUCUCUCUGCUAUCUCUUUUCGGUUUCUAGUUUUCUGCUUCUGCUUUCGCUUCCGUUUUUGGAGAUAGAAAUGGCUAGAACAAAGCAAACAGCAAGAAAAUCCACGGGAGGAAAGGCUCCUCGCAAGCAGCUUGCAACGAAGGCAGCUAGGAAAUCGGCUCCGGCAACCGGAGGUGUAAAGAAACCCCAUCGAUUUAGGCCUGGAACAGUUGCCCUUCGAGAGAUCAGAAAGUAUCAGAAAAGUACAGAAUUGUUGAUACGGAAGCUGCCCUUUCAGCGACUCGUCCGUGAAAUCGCUCAGGACUUCAAGACCGAUCUUCGAUUCCAGAGCAGUGCCGUUUCUGCUCUACAAGAGGCUGCUGAGGCUUAUCUUGUGGGUCUCUUUGAGGAUACAAAUCUUUGUGCUAUUCAUGCCAAGAGGGUCACUAUUAUGCCUAAAGAUAUCCAGCUCGCUCGUAGGAUCCGGGGUGAAAGAGCUUAGGGGCGGUGUGUUGUUGCUUAUCAUUCUCUCUUUCUUCUUGGUCUUUUUCAGGUGAUAUAAAUUCGUGGGUCUUAAGUGUUAAAUGGUUGUUAUUCUGGGUUUUUGGCCUUCUAGUUUUGGAGUUAGGACUGUGAUGCAUCUGUAAGCAAACUAUGAGCAAGCAAAAUGUGCAGUCUUCUUAGAUUUGCAGCAAAUUCUUGAGAAAUGAAAAUUUGAAGAUGGUUUCUGUCA